AUGGGGCCUGAUAUGAAAACAGACAUAGGCCACAACAGAUGUCUCUACCACAGAAAUCCCAACCGAAGUUUCUACAACAGAUAUCCCGAUAGAGGUUUUUACAACAGAUAUCACAGAUGCAUCUACGACAGAUCCCCAAUAGGUUUCUCUACAACAGAAACCACAUUAGGUGUCUCUACAACAGAAACCACAACAGGUGUCUCCACAACAGAAACCACAAUAGGUGUCUCUACAACAGAAGCCACAACAGGUGUCUCUACAACAGAAACCACAAUAGGUGUCUCUACAACAGAAGUCACAACAGGUGUCUCUACAACAGAAACCACAACAGGUGUCUCUACAAAGAAAUCCCAACAGGUGCAUUUACGACAGAUCCCCAACAGAUCCCCAACAGGUGUAUCUACAGCUGAAAUCACAACAGGUGCAUCUACGACAGAUCCCCCAACAGUUGUAUCUACAGCUGAAAUCACAACAGGUGCAUCUACGACAGAUCCCCAACAGGUGUCUCUACAACAGAAACCACAACAGGGGUCUCUACAACAGAAACCACAAGAGGUGUAUCUACAACAGAAGACACAACAGGUGUAUCUACAACAGAAGACACAACAGGUGUAUCUACAACAGAAGACACAACAGGUGUCUCUACAGCUGAAAUCAUACCCGCUGCAUCUACGACAGAUCCCCAACAGCUGUCUCUACAACAGAAACCACAACAGGUAUCUCUACAACAGAAAUCCCAACAGGUGCAUUUACGACAGAUCCCCAACAGGUGUCUCUACAACAGAGACCACAAUAGGUGUCUCUAAAACAGAAACCACAAUAGGUUUCUCUACAACAGAAGCCACAACAGGUGUCUCUACAACAGAAACCACAACAGGUGUCUCUACAACAGAAAUCCCAACAGGUGCAUUUACGACAGAUCCCCAACAGUUGUCUCUACAGCUGAAAUCAUACCAGCUGCAUCUACGACAGAUCCCCAACAGAUCCACAACAGGUGUUUCUACAACAGAAACCACAACAGGUGUCUCUACAGCUGAAAUCACAACAGGUGCAUCUACGACAGAUCCCCAACAGGUGUAUUUACAACAGAAACCACAACAGGUGUCUCUACAACAGAAAUCACAACAGGUGUCUCUGCGGCAGAAACCACAGCAGGUGUCUCUACGACAGAAACCACAACAAGUGUCUCUGCGGCAGAAACCACAACAGGUGUCUCUACGACAGAUCCCUAACAGGUGUAUCUACGGCAGAAACCACAACAGGUGUCUCUACGACAGAAACCACAACAGGUGUCUCUGCGGCAGAAACCACAGCAGGUGUCUCUACGACAGAUCCCCAACAGGUCUCUCUACAACAGAAACCACAACAGGUGUCUCUACGGCAGAAACCACAGCAGGUGUAUUUACGACAGAUCCCCAACAGGUGUAUCUACGGCUGAAAUCACAACAGGUGUAUCUACGGCUGAAAUCACAACAGGUGUCUCUACGACAGAUCGCCAACAGGUGUCUCUACGACAGAUCCCCAACAAGUGUCUCUACGACAGAUCCCCAACAGGUGUCUCUACGACAGAUCCCCAACAGGUGUCUCUACUACAGAUCUCCAACAGGUGUCUCUACGGCUGAAAUCACAACAGCUGUCUCUACGACAGAUCCCCAACAGGUGUAUCUGCGGCUGAAAUCACAACAGGUGUCUCUACGACAGAUCCCCAACAUGUGUCUCUACGACAGAUCCCCACUGACGUCACUGUUGACAUCAAUGCUUAUGCCCCCGUCACCAACAUCAUUGCAUGUCAUUAAAAUCACAACAGAUGUCUUAACUAGCAACAUGAAUUAUCGGACUACAGACAGCACUAAUGACGUAACUACUGAUGUCAAAGUUGUCAUCAGUGAUAAUGCCACCAACAACAACUCGUGUCAUUGUGAUUGUGAUGCCAGCCGUAGGGUUGUCAUCUUCCCUAUCGUCAACAUCACUAAGUGGCUACAGACCAAACUUGACAGCCUGAAAAAGGAAACCGAAGUAAACGAAGAGAUGUUUUCGUCGACGAUAAGAACGAAGACCAGUACCAAUGACCCUCGUCCCUCCUAA